UCACGUCCCACAAACUAGAUACGCACCGGUUUUUGGACACGAGAGGGUCGUUCAUUGCGGUGAAAACGGUAAUAAACACUGAAGACAGAAGAAUUUCCCUCUGAAUAGACCUUCCUGCCUUUUACAAGAAACAGCGAUACUAUUUUAUUCAAAGGUGAUUGUUCAACGCAAAGAUGAAUUUUGAGCAGCCCCCUCCAUACCCAGUCAGUGGCCCCACUGCUCCUGGCUACCCAGCUCAGGGCCCACCUCCACAAGGCUACCCACCUCAGGGGUAUCCUCAGGGAUACCCUGUGAACAUGGAGCAGCCUAAUCCAGCUUACCCUAACUACCCUGCUGGACCGAUGGGCCCUGGAGGUCCUUAUCCUGGCCCUGGAGGUCCUUAUCCCGGCCCAGGAGGUCCUUAUCCCGGCCCAGGACAGCCUCCAUAUCAAGGGUACCCUGAACAACCACAAUUUGGCUGGCAGGGCGGACCCCCUCCUGGGCCUAUGUACGGGGAAGCUCCCAAAAACACAGUGUACGUGGUGGAAGACAGGAGAAGAGACGACACAGGAGACACAUGCCUGACAGCCUGCUGGACAGCUCUGUGUUGUUGCUGUCUCUGGGACAUGCUGACAUAACAUACUCCCCAACUGUUCACUCCCAUUAACCCCAUGCCCCCCAUUUCUGUGCCUGGAACCCCAUCACCCUUUCCCCCAUCUGCCUUAAACCUUGCACUCCCUUAAAACCACCCCUCCAUUUCCUCUAAAAAGUCUUUUGCCUGUCUAUAAAUAAACGCCUCAAUGGACGUCUCUUCCCAGAGCCACUUCCUCUAUCGUGAUGUGAAGCCCUCAGCACUGACUGACUUACAGACUGACUGACCCUGUUUAGGGACUAUUCUGUAGCAGCUUUUAACUGAGCUUCUAAACAUAACCUGAAUCUCACGCUCUGCACUGUAAUCUUACACCAACAUACAACAGCACAGAUGCACACACACCAAUGUAGAUCCACAAUUACCGAUAACACACAUACUGUAUACUCGGAUCUCAGGCUCAUCUAGUGUGAGGUUCUUCACUGUAAUCUUACACCAACAUACAACAGGCAUGGACGUGCACACACACACACCAAGGUAGAUCCACACACACACACACACACACACACACACACACAGUAUAUUUGGAUCUCAGGCUCAUCUAGUGUGAGGCUCUUUGGCACUUUAUGACGAUUACCUCUGUAAGACACUACUCCUGCCUGCCCUCUCAACCAACUCCAGCCCUCCCUAACCCCCCUUCAGCUGUGCUACUUCCCUUUGCCAAGGAAUGACCCCUUAUCCUGAACCCUCCAUACCCCAAAGGCCACCAAGACCCUGGCUGCUAAUGAGCCAUGGGGCACUCUUAAGAAGCUAAUGCUUGAAAUGUAUCCCUUUUUAUUUGCACAGAAUCUGUUUUUUGCCGACAUAUGUAAGUGAAAUCAUAUGACAAUAAAAGAAAUGCAUUUUUAAAGAUGA